UUUUUAACAAAUAACUAAUUUUUCAUUGUUUUUCUAUGUAAACAUGAGCUUGAUGGACAUGUUUGACCAUUAAGUUUGCCUCUUGCUCUGCUCUUUAUUUAUUUAUGCUCGUAAAGCUGCUUCGCCAAGCGCGCACUUGCAGUGUUGCCCUGUCCACUUACAUGCACCUUUGGACUUGUGUUAUUUUUUCCAUAUUUCCUCAGUUUCACAGACAAGGCUCAAGCUAGUCCUAGACUAAAAUGCAUGUUUGAGCUGUUUUAACUGAAAGCAACUUACUGACAUAUCUUAAAAUAUGUCACUGCCAUUGUUUUGUCUCAAGAUGCACACCAGUAAUGAUAUUUUUUAGUGUACAGUUAUAAAAGAAACUUAAAUAUCUUAAUUGAACCAAGGUCUAAUCCUGGCUUAGGCUAAGCCCUGUCUGUGAAACCGGCCAUUAAGUGGUUAAGUGACAAUUUAGUUCAGUUGGAAUGUGUACAUGGCCUUUGUGCCAACUGGGGUGGGUAGCUACGCCCUUGUGUGCCCUUUCUAGUUUCGAAGGACUGUGGUUAUUUGAUUCAAACCAGAAGGCGGGAACUGAGCGGAAGCUGCUUAUCCUUUUAGUGCUGCAGAAUAACAGAACUCGACGAGCGAAACUAAGAAAGAAGAUGAUGCAUCAAAAUGCACGAGAAUGCAUUGGGACACAUUUUGAAGGACAGCAUUUGAGUCUGUCAGAUCUGAAAGAAAAGCCUAAUAUAGAAAAUGGGUACCUGUAUAAAGACAACAUUCCUGCUUAUCCUGAAUCUGUGGAGUUCCAUGUCCAGAAAGUGUCUCAUGUCACUGGAGAACAAGGUCUUAGGGGUAUUUUUCUCAAUUCAGGCUUCAGACAGCCGUCGGAGCUGGUGGCUAGUGAUCAGCACCAUUUCCUCUGGUGGGCUUUAUCAGUCACAUCUGAUGACAUAUCCUCAGCUGAAGAGCAUUUUCUCACAUCCUUGUUCCCUCGUCGAAGUGCCGCCCAAAUUCGCAACCAGCCGCCCGUCCUUGAGCAAUUCACCAGCUCAAAGGCCUUCAAGAAAGAAUCUUGCUAUGGAAACUUCUGCUUCACUUUUUCACUUAAGGAACUUCUCUGGCACUAUGGCGAGCAGUUCUGUGGUGGCCGAAGUCCAGUCCUGCGUGUUUAUGAGACUGUUCUCUACUCAAAAGAGAUUCAAUAUACGGUUGUAGUGCAUCCUCAUUACGUAAAUAUUUAUGACCAUUGUCCUCGACUUCCAAAUCAUGGUGAUGGUGUUUGUGGAUACAACGGUGGGGCCAUGUGGUGGCGCUGUCAAUCCCCUGCUGAAACCUACGAGAAUGAGCUUGAGGUGAACAGUUUUGAAGGAAGUGUUAGUGUGAGCCCUCAUCACAAAAUAUACUAUGUGUGGGAUCAUGUGUGUAUAGCUUUCCACAUGGAGCCGGGGUGGGUGCUGCAUGUAGACCAGGACAGGCUGUUUAAAAGAGUGAAUGUGUGCAAAAUGUGUAAGCCUUAUCUUCUGAGAGCCCCAGACACUAAUUUGAGUUUACACGAUGCUGAGAGUAAACUAGAUGAUCUUAAAGCCGGUGUUUGGAGCUAAGCACACCAUGCAAAUAUUACAUUCACAUGGACUUACAGAGAAUAAUUAUGCCACGAGCCUAUGCAACAGUUAUCCUAAUUAUGUUUAUCUAGUUGCAGAUUAAUCUAAUGUUUUUUUGUCUUGUUUGAUGAUUUAUUAAUGCACCUUUGCAGUAAUCUUUAUAAUUAAGUGAAGAACGGAGCACAUUUUAGCAUUCAUGCAGAAACCUAGAUAAUGAUAUGAUUAGCUUUUUUUUUAUAAUAUAAUAAACUUUUCUGUAUUAGAUGUAUGUUCACAUUGGAUUUAGAACUUUUGUUAGCUAUUUUACAGAGUUAAAAAUGAAUGUACUUUUAAUUCUGUCCACCAGAGGUCUGUAACUGAUAUCUGGUUUUAUUGCUUUGUCCUGUCAGUAAUUUGUCAUUUUUUAUUGCAAUAAAAUCUCUUCAGCUCAAA